AGGUUAGUACCCUAUUUAUAUUCUAUAAAUACCCUUUUAAAAUAUUACAUUCUAUAAAUACCCUUUUUAGUUUAUAGCAAAAAAUUUAAAUUUAGUUCCAUCCUAAAAUUAAGGCUUAAUAUAUGCUACAAAAUAUUUUUCUAUCUCAUUUUUUUUAUUUUCUCUCACCUAAUUAGCGUAUAUCUCCUCUCAUCAACUUUUCUCUCUCUUCUUCAAUACACUUUUCCCUCUUCUCCCACAAACAGACGUUCCAUAUACUUCAAAAACCCUCCUCCGCCAUUAUCGCCUAUACUUCUCCGCCAUUAUCACCCCACACACCAUUCUUCUUCGCAAUUGUUCUCAAGCGUAUUUUGACGGGCAAGUUGGUUCUCAAGUAUUUUUUAGAGCUUCACAGUUGUAUUUUGGAAAUCUUCUCCCCGUAGGAUUCUUUGAGUUUUCUCUCUAAUGUCGGAUGCAACGCCACUCAACAGACUACCCAGAGGUUUAUCAGCAUCCAAAGUUGAUGAAAGAAGAAGUAAAUUACACAAUUAUAAGUUGAAAGAAGUCCAAGUUGAUGAAGCUUCAAAAGAAACCAAAAAUCAAGUUGGCUCAAAGAGGAAAAAACCUAUGAAAGAUUCAAGAAACCAAAAGGGAAUUGAUUUGUUUGUGAAAUACCAGCCAAAAUUAGCACUCCAUAUUAGUAGUUACACUAACACUGAUAUAGUAUCCAAACUAAAAGAUAAGCUUACUCCUGAUCAGUUCCAACACCAUUUGAUGUCACUCUUCUCCGUCAAAGAUAUGGUGCUCUGUUAUGGGACUAUGCUAUGCGCAAGAUAGAUGCUGAUGCAAUAAGCGAGAGUGAAGCACCUUCAAAGAUUGAAAGGCAAAUCUCUGAGUCGGAGGCAAAGAUGCAGAUAGUUUUAGAAUAGCUUUAGGUUUUUUUUUGAGUUUAGCUUGAACAAUGAUACUGAUUGUAGUGGUUUUGGUCGUAGAUGCUAUUUACUUACAUGCUGAAAUUUGGUUAAGUUUGCUUGAACAGGUUUUAGUUA